CCUCUGCGCUCGGCGCCGCCUGGAGCAGCUGAGAGCAUCACCAUCACCCCGACAUGGAUCCCGACCACGUCGUCGCCGCCACCGGCGGCGGCGGCGGCGAGCGAGCUGCCCACCAGUACCAUGUCACUGACGACACCGAUGCUGCCACGGCAUCGGAAGAAGUCGGCGGCGGCGGCGGCUGGCCUCGCGCGCUGCUCCGGCGCGGGUGGGAGCUGGCAGGGAAGGCCGCCGUCGCCGGCGCCGCCGCGACGGCCGCUCCGGUCGUCGUCCCGCCCGUCAUGCUCCUCACCGCCGCCGGCCUCGCGCUGUCCCUCCCCUUCGCCGCCUACCUCGCCACCCUCGCCGCCACCCACCGCCUCAUGGCCGCCCUCCUCCCACCCCACGAAUCCGGCCUCGACGGCGCCGCCGUCGAACAAGAACUCCUCGACGCGUUCUACCAUUUCAGCACAACAGAUCAGGAGGAAGACGGCGGCGGCGGCGGCGUCGGAAUCGGAUUGGCAUCGCCGCCGCCAUCGGUGGAUGAACCAGUUUCCUUCCAAGAAUCAUCUGUAUCAAGAAAUGGGGGAAAAAUCGAGGACGGCACAACCAAGGAGACAGUGUCACUGACCACUGAUGUUCCUGAAUUUCCUGAAUUGCCUGUGGUUGAGACAAGGGAAGAAGAUGGAGUUAUUCCUGUCCAGCAAUUAGGCCAAGAUCAUCAUCAUACUCAUGUAUUGGACACAGGGGAUAAAGCAGAGGAGUCUACCAUUUCCAGUGUUUCCGGAACACCAGUUGAAAUAUUCACUGACAAAGACAAUGUGGAGAAGGGAGUGGUCGAAGACACAGUAGUCGUCGAGGCCGCGGUAGUGGAACAAUUGGCAAGCAAUGCGGGUAUCGUCGCGCAGGAGUUGGUCGACACGAACGUGGCGAUUGUUGCUAUUUCAGCGCCCGAAAACGAGGCGACGACACCGACGAGUGACCUUGUCGCUCGCGUGUCAGAGGAAGUUGUGGGAAGUUCAUGUGAUGGUGAGAUGCAAGAAACCGCUGUGGUGGAUGAUACCAUGAGGGAACUAAGUGAUGCAAACAUGGAUGAAGAUGUGCAACACCAUGAUCAAAGAGUUGUUUGUAGUUCUGUCUUGAUGGCUUCUCCAUUGGCUGUUGGUGAUUAUGAGGAUGUAAUGUCCAGCGGGAGCACACAAGACAUCCCUGAAGUUUGUGAUGAGACAUCCCAGCCUGGUCAGGAGCAUGAUCAGUCUGAUGGGUUUGAGGCAAAAGUAAUUUCUGGGGACAAGUACACUUGCAGACAUAGUAGUGUCAAAUUUUGGAUCGGAUUAGAAGGAGAGCGUUGCUCCCAUCCAGCAACUUGUACCGGCAGGUACAGAGAUAAAUCCAUCCGUCCAUGUUAGAAGGGUACGAUCGGGAAAUACAGAAAGGAGUUGCGCCCUCGCUUUCUCCUUUUCGCUCUUUCUCUGUUUCCUCCCUCCGCGCAGCGCCGCUCCUUUUCGCUCUUUUUUCGUUUCCUCACUCCGCCUUAAACGGAUCAGACGCCGCCGCCUCGCCUCCCACGAAGCACUUUGCCGCCGGCUGCCUCCUACAGAUCAGCCGCCGCCACCGCCUCGCUUCCCACGGAGCACCUCGCCGCCGCCUCAAACGGAUCAGCCGCCGCCACACCGCCUCCUCCCACGAAGCAAGUCGCCGCCGACAAAGCAACUCGCCGCCAACAAAGCACGAAGCAACUCGCCGCCGCCUCCCACGGAUCGGAUCAGAAAGGAAUGGCUGAGAUUUGGUAGAAAACCCUAUUUCCCUCCCCGGACACUCACACUCCUACGCGAAAAGACAAAUUUACCCUUCCACCACUCGAAAUAUUCUGGUACCUCCUCAUGAGCAAAUUUGUACCUGGAGGUACCACUUAUUUUCUACCGCCCGAUUUCGCUGAUUGAAUGGCUGAGAUUUGGUACCAGACAGUACCGAUGGUACCUGCUGAAUGGGAGCAAAACUCUUAGAAGGAACAUUCUUUGCAAAUAUGUCAAGCAGUAAAAUCACAUGCAAAGUAACGACUCGAAAUGCUAAACUGAACUAGUUUUCUAUCAUUGUGUGUAAUGGGCAGGAACUGAUUAUUGCACUAUUCAUAAUUAACUAAAUUCAAUAAACUUUGGCUUC